CCUCCAACCAGAAGAAGCGAGACGACGACGACGAAGGAGACCUUUGGCGGUUACACACCGCGUCCUACCGUCUUCUGGUGUGCCUACCUAUUCGGGCUACCAGCGAACCGAGCAGGCAAACGGAGCUUCAGUCGACGCCGCGCACCCAAACGGUCCAGACCUGUCAGCCCGGAAGACAGCAUCCCGAUACACGAUCCACUCAGAAUCGAUUUCGAGAAACGAGUUCGCCCGGCACAUUUCUUCGCUGACGCGCGAUUUCACGCACGCAGUUUCGGUUCCGAGUUCGCUGUUGACACGGCCCGGCCUUGCCCCUGUCCAGGUGCCUUCCCAAGCCGCAGCCCACGGGAAUUACAAAGUCCGCGCGCUGAUUUCGACCGGUAGAGAGAGGUACGAGGUUCCGCGCACGAGGGGGUACAGCCGGAGUGAUCUCACUCCCAGAAGUUAGCCGGUCGGGACUAGGUUUGCGCGGGAGGAGAAGAGCGACACGCACGAGAGCGGCGAGAGAGGGAUCCCAGGAGGAACCCCGUCGAAACGUGAGAGACCGAGAGAGUAAGAGAGAAAGAGAGAGAGAGAGAGACAAAGAGACAGAGACCGAGAGGAAGCAAGAGAGAUAAAGCGAGAGAGGAAAAGAGAGAGAGAGGAAGAGCGAGAAAGAGAGUAAGAGAGAUAAAGCGAGACGGCCGCAGGCUGAACCGGUGGAGGGAGCGACUCGAGGCGUUAGCAGGACCGUGAGAGAGGAGGUAGAGGGAAAGGAGACAGAGAGUCGACCAAGAGAAGGAGCGGUGGGAAUUUAUAAGGAUGUUCGCGAUAAUGCCGAUGGAGACAGAGGGGCACGGCAGGGAGUUCGGCCGCCGGCAGAAGAUGCGCGCCAAGUGCACGGUAGAGUUCGUCUGCAAGUACUGCCAGCGGCGCUUCACGAAGCCCUAUAACCUCAUGAUCCACGAGCGCAGCCAUAAGGACGACGUGACCUUCACUUGCGAGGUCUGCGGAAAGUCCUUCAAGCGGCAGGACAACCUCAAGCAGCACAGAUGUGGGUGGCGGUGAGCGGGAGCUCUGAACCUCCUGCACCUUGACACACACACAAUGUACACGCAACAACAUCAACAUCAUCAACAACAACAACAACAACUACAACUACAACAACAACAACAACAAAUUACAACAUCAACAACAGUCCAUAACAACAGAAAAUUAAUAAGCACGUUUUACGUUCGUCGUUAGACCCUUCUUCCAUCGAGUUAAUCUUUUAUUUUUUUUUGUCGAUUUUUUAAAUUCUUGUAUCGUUGCGUUUUUUUUUUGUUUCGUUGUUUCCUCCCCCAUUUGAUCGUACUCGUUGACUCUUCUCUGCACUGUUCGCGGUCACGACGACACCGCGAUCGACAAUCGAGUACUUAACGCGUGACCGCCACCACGAAAUGGAAAAGAAAAAUAGCCCAGCAUGCCAAGCACUGUUGACUACCACAUUCAUUUCCCUUUCUUCUUCUUCUUCUUCAUCUUCUUCAUGUUCUUUUCUUCCGUUUCUACUGAUUCUAAUUCUUCCGUUGCUCUUUUGCUAUCAUCUACGAUCACCUUUAGCCGCCUUCUACAUCUACUUCGAUACUAACAAACGAAAGAAAAGGGAUAGAACAUCGCUCGCGGCACACCCCUCUCGCUCUCGCGAAACGGUAGAGAUUGAUUUUGCUAGAUAGGAGGUGAAAGAAAGUGAGAGAGAGGAAGCAAGAGAGUUUCCUUGAAGAGUAACUUUCCUCAUCUUCCGAUUUCUACCAUCUUUGUUCCAGGAGCAUACACUCUGUUCCCUACAAGGGCUCCAACGGCUACUCAAAUGGCUAUUCGAAUGGCUACUCUAGGUAUUAGAAGCCAUCCGGCCACGUAAUGUCCUGAAACAUAUCCUGUAGACGCGCGUUUCUCUGUUUCUGAUUUUAGGCUAUUUUCUAAUCGAACGGUCGCGUCGACCAGUUCUUGGAAUUUCGACCGGGAUCGCGUCCGUUGAUCGUCCAGAAUUCGGCGGUACUCGCUGGCAGACGCGCGAACAGAAUUUCCGGGGAACGAUUGUUCUACUAAAUUAUUAUCGACGGCAGCUGGGGUCACCGUGGAGUUUGUGCAAUUUUGAUAAACGCGAAACGAAACUCUCGACGAAUGUUCUCGGCGAGCGUUCGUUUCGCGUCGCUCGACGCGUUCGCUACUAAAAUCAGACGCGAAUCGACGGGGAAGAAAAUCGAAUAUCAUGCAUAUUAUUUGAAAUUAUAAUCUGUAGAAUGAUGUUCAAGCGAUUUCGAAUUUUAUCCGACGGUAUCUUUCUUACAUUCUAAGAGAUCAUUUGGUAGAAUGUUGCGAGAGCUAUUGUCAUUGCGCCGCGGCGAGCGUAUCAACGACGAAGAAAACGUUCGAUUGCAUAAAUGGCCACAAUCCAGCGAUAAGACAAGCCCGAGAGGAAGCAUACAUUCACGGAAAUCGGUUCCCGCCAUAAAUCGCCUUCGCAGCAUCGACGAGUGAAAAGAAUAAAGAUUCGUUUCUACAUUAUUUAUGACGGAAAAAGUAUUCAACGACCGAUCAGCUGGGUAAACGAUUUACGAGGAUCCUUACUUGGAGCAAGCCCGGUACAAAACGGCAGGCUUCUCGGAACCGUCUUCUCACUAUCGAUCGAUGCACCAUCGAUUUAUCCGGCUGAAAAGAUAUCGUUUUGUAAAUAGAAGGCGGACCAAACGUUCCGCGAAUCUCGCUCUCGAAGAAAUUCGCCGAGCGUUGGCUCGACGCCGACGCUGAAAUUUCAAGAACUCCUCGAUGUCGCCGCGUGCCUAUCCUUUCCGAUGUCCGUCCGUCGGUUCUCCGAGUCCGUCGAUCACACAUUUUCGGUUCGAAAAAGAAAAGACAACGGCUUACACUAUCAGGCCUUUCGAGUCGCAAGGGAAGAAAAGCAAUCCCGUGGUUUCUGAUCGUCUCCUCCGCCUAUCAACCUCGCUUCUCGCACCUCCAUUCCGCUUCGUCGAGUUUCUCGCUUCUGCCAUUUUCCUGUACUCCGGGCCUAGACACCUAGACGUUAGCCACAGCAAGUCAUGGAGACUGUCCACUGCGACUAAGACAUCGAGAGACAGAAACGCAACCGACUGCAAGUCCCUUCCGAAGACUCGGAGGAUUCCGAAACCAGCUGGAAGAUCGACUCCGAGAUCCCAUUCUCCUAGGAUCAACGAUUGCGAAGACUAUCAAUUCAUUUGACACCAUUGUAAUCGGUUCGAACGGUCGCAGGGAUGACGCCGCCUCUUUGGACGACAUUGGAAGAUCGGUCCUACCAUCCAAUUCUCUGAGGGCCAACGUUCGCGAAGACUAUUGUUCCAUCGGCUACCAUUGUCAUCGGUUCAACAAGUCGCAAACACUGCUGCGUUUCUGCGAACGACGUUGGAAAAUUGGUCCCAGCAUCCAAUUCCCCGAGGGUCAACGUCUACGAAGACUAUCAAUCUUCCUGGCACGAUCGUAAUCUGGUCAGUGAGACGAACUAUAUUACUUUGUUUCUGCGAAUAAAGUUGAAAGAUUA